AUGUGCCCUGCUUUUUCUUCAAUGCCGCCGCUCGAUGCAUGUCGCUCAGUGUUUCCAGCGAACAGGAGGAGAACCCGCAUAAAGCAAAGUGCCUGUGUAGUGUGCACUAGAUCUCAGAUGCAUGUUGCCACCCCUUUGUAUAAGACACAGCCUUCCGAGCCGUCAUUGCCAGAUGCAUCGGUCAUCCAGGCUGCAGAUGACACAAUGCGAACGCAAUGGGUGCUUCCGGCCAUUCGUCGUCUUGCUGCCGCAGGUUGGACUCGAGUGAACGUGGAGGUUGCCGAUGGAGCAGACCAUGGCACAUCGGACGAACUGGAGAAUCAUUGGAUGGACAGUUUUCUGGCACAGUUUUUUGCCAGCCUGUAA